ACAUCUAUCGAUCCCCUUGUUGGAUUCACAUCGGAAGCCACCCUUGAUAUGGCCCAGAAGAUAGGUUUUUCCACGCCGGAAACAAUUAAUGAAGCGAGCGACUUCUUCCAGAAGCUGUACAAUCUCUUCUGCACUCUAGAUUGCACUCUUCUUGAGAUCAACCCGAUGGCAGAGGAUAACAAGGGCAAAGUUCUCUGCAUGGAUUGCAAGAUGAAUUUCGACGAUAACGCAGCCUUUCGACAGAAGGAGAUCUUCAAACUGCGGGACUGGGCUCAAGAAGAUGAACGAGACGUCAGGGCUGCACAAUCCGGCCUUAACUAUAUUGGCCUGGAUGGAAGUAUUGGUUGCCUAGCAUGA